AACUCUUACUCUAACAUUGCAGAGCGUAACGUUGCUGAAGAUAUUUUAAUUUGAAUAGAGUUGUUGGCUUCUUUGGAAGUACAGUAGUCAAGUCUGUCCAGUGUUCCCGGUGUCCUGUCAGCGUUGUGUGUAUCAUCAGUCUGUCUUCCCGGCAAGCCCUCUGGUGUGUGCAUUCGGUCAUCCUCGGUGUCUGUCAUCCCACCUGCCACAAAGGAUCAUCAGUUCCACCGAACUCCAUUCACCUCUCAUAAUUUAUCCUUUUCUGCUCAACUGUUGGAAUAAACAUCGUUUAUACUUACUCACCUUGUUUGUCCGUCUGCUUCCAUAACAAUUUUGUUGCAUGGGAAUUUUGCUUGUGAUAAAUUUUUUUAUGUGUACUUAAAAUAAUUUUAACUGCAUUGUAACAAUUAUUUUAGGAUGACUGUUUUUAAAUUUAUCUUCACAAAUAAUAUCUUUAUUCAUAGAUAUGACAUCAGAUUCCAUUACUGUGGCAGCGCUUGGAAGACCUCUGUUUCCUGGCAUGUUAUAUGACUGCCGCAAGGAUUCCUUCAUUCCAGGUGUUACUCUGUGGGAUAAAAAAUCACUGCGUGAAGAUUUGGACAGUCAUUCACAGCUCCAGACAGAUUUGAACUUCAGUAGCUCUGACUCUUUCUCUAGUAAGUCCAGUCUCCUGGAUGUGAGUGCUUCCUUGAAGGCCAGUUUUUUGGGGGGUCUGGUGGAGGUGGGGGGAUCUGCCAAGUUCCUGCAUGACACCAAAUCAUCAAACCAACAGUCCAGAGUUACAAUGCAGUUCAGUGAAACCACCAGAUUUGAUCAGCUCACUAUGACCCAUCUGGGCAAAAUCACCUACCCUCAGGUGUUUGAGCAGAAAACUGCAACUCAUGUGGUCACAGCUGUACUGUACGGAGCUCAGGCCUUCAUGGUGUUUGAUCGGACAUUUUCAGAAGAGGAAAACAAGGAGAAUAUUGAGGGGGAACUGAAUCUGAUGGUGAAGAAAAUCCCCAAAUUCUCAAUUGAAGGCAGUGCAGCUGUACAAAUGACAGAUGAUGACACACAUAAGAUUGAGAAGAUUACCUGCAAGUUUUAUGGUGACUUUCACCUUCAGCAAAGCCCAACUUCUUACAUGGAGGCUCUUGAUUUGUUCAAGAAGCUCCCCUCUCUGCUGAAGGAGAAUCCAGAGAAUGGAGUUCCAAUCAAAGUCUGGCUUUAUCCUCUUCAUUUACUGGAUUCAAAAGCAGCGCAAUUGGAGGCAAAGAUAAGCACAGGUCUGGUUUCUGACAUUGGAUGUGUAAUGGAGGAGCUAGGAGAAGUAGAGAGGACAUAUAAUGACCUGUCCAGAAAUACACUGGUAAAUCAUUUCAGCGACAUCAAAGAGAGGCUGCACUCAUUUCAGAAGACUUUUAAUAUAUAUAAGGAAGAGCUCCUUAAAGAUGUCGGCACAAUCUUGCCUGCUAUUCGAGGAGGAAAAAUGAAGGAAAUAUCACUAGAAGAAAUCUUGAUCCACCGCGACUUCCCUGGCAUGUUUAAGCAGUGGUUGAAUGAUGCAAAAUCUGAAUUUAACCUCUUGAGUUUUUACAUUAAGGGAAUCAAAAUUGAAGAUUCAGACAAUCUCAACACUGUCCUCCUUGAUCCUAAUAUUGAUUUUGUGGUGUGCUUGACCCUCACAUCUCUGAAUGAAGACUCAUAUCUUGAAAGUCUGAACGAGUUUUUAAAAUCUGACAAAUCUAAAGAGUUAGAUGGUAAACAAAAUAGGGUGUCACUGACUUCUGCGACAAAGUGGUUCAAUGAUUCUGCUAUCAUAAUAAAGAUGAGAGAUAACUUAUCCCUUUCAGAAGCUUUUCAGAGGCAAAUAAAGAUGAAAACAGAAUGCUUCAUUAUUUCUGCAAUAUCCAAUACACUCAGCCCAGGAUCCUCCAUCUAUCUGUAUGAAAAAGGGAAACUGAAAAGCACAGAAUUCCAGCCAGUGUCCAAACCUCCACAACUGAUAGUGAAGAAUGUCCAGAAACAAACUGUGUCCUUGAAACUGCAGAAGUCUCCAACUGGAGAAACAGUGCAGUACAGAGUGGAGUACAAGCAGGUAAAAGCAGAAGCUGAAGCUGAAGAACAGUGGCUUGUCAUAAACACAACUGAUGAAGACUUUACUCUAACUGGACUGGAGUCAGGAAAGCCGUACAUGAUUCGCUACAGGAUAGUGAGUAGAGUGGGAGUAAGUGAAGCAAGUGAGACUGUCAAUCCUAUACCGUUGUCACCUCAGCCUGUGAUCGUGGGAUUGCUAAAAGACAGUGAAACUACCUUUAUGACUCCAUCUAUCACCACCAUUAAGAAGAUCAGGGUUCAUGGUUAUCGAAGUUUUCUGAUAAUUAACAGAAACUUGGCUGACAAGAACAGGGUCGAACUAUUCAGCAGAUUGGAAGGCAUUACGGUAUUUUUCAACACUGGUCACAUGAUCAAAGUUGGUAACACUUCCAGAAGAACAACUACAGAAGAAUUUAUAUUUGAGGACAAUGAUAAAAUCAUUGCAGCAACAAUGUGGCAAAAUAAAGAAAAUAGAUAUCUUAAUGGAUUCACAUUUGAGGUCGCCAACAGUGAUGGUCCAGUAAAAACAUAUUCUGCCAAGUGUACAGAUCUGUCUGAGCCUGUGAAGAUUAAUGUGAAGUCUGGAAAAUGUUUCGGCAUUACAGCAAGAUGUGGAGAAUAUGAACUCCAAGCGUUAGGAUUCUACUUCAUUUAGAUUCUCAAUACUGAAAGUAAUAAUGCAGAGAUGAAAUGCUAAACAGCGUAGUUAAUGCAUGAAUCAGAUUUUAUGGCCAAAAUAUAGCAGUGUGUAGCAUAGUGUGAGAAUUGAAUCAAUAAAUAAUACUUGUGCAUGUUUUCAAGCAUGCACACAAUCUAAAAUUUGAGGUUCAUUGUAAUGUAACAAUUGUAGUUUAGAAAAGCAAUUGAUUUUUGUUGUGUUUGAUGUGUUGUUUUUAAUUCAUUAAUUUAAUGGUUUCAUUUAAUCAAAUAAUCGUGUUUAAUUAUUAGUCAUUAUUAUAUUUUUCAUUUGAUUAUUGGGUUAUUUAAAGCCUACAUGAACUGGAAGUUGUUGAGGCUUUUCAGUGUGUAGAUGUACUUCAGACUAGAACAGAAUAUUGAGUGGGGGGGGGGGCUUUUUUUGCGCAUAAUUUGAAUUUUCCCGUAUCACUCUAUGAAAAGGGCUAGUCUCUUUAAGCCAGGGGUGUCCAAACUCGGUCCUGGAGGGCCGGUGUCCUGCAAAUUUUAGCUCCAACUUGCCUCAACACACCUGCACGGAUGUUUCUAGAAAGCCUAGUAAGUGCUUGAUUAGCUAGCCCAGGUGUGUCUGAUUGGGGUUGGAACUAAACUUUGCAGGACACCGGCCCUCCAGGACCGAGCUUGGACAUACCUGCUUUAAGCCAACUAACAGUAAGAGCGGUGUGGUUAAGAAUAUUGUAGGGGAAAAAAUCAGAGGAUUAACUUGCAUGAAUUAACUUGUUUACCUAAAUAAUAACAUAAUAAUGUGUGGUAGAAAAAUAAACAUUGUUAAUUUUGAUUUCACAUGACUUUGGACAAUGUACAAUAUAAUGUAAUGUCACUGGACAAUGUUGCAAAGCAGUAAUUGUCCAUUUCUCUUGUUUAUAGUAUAAUAAAACUACUGGUCAAAGUGAAACAUAUAGGCUAACCAAGAUUUAA